CACCAGCCUUCCACGGCCAUGGCGCCCGGGGCAGAGGGCCGCGCCCACCUGCUGACCACCGUGGUCUCUGCCCUGAUGCUUCUCACAGAGCCCCCAGGCUGUUGGGGGACCUGGAUCAUCGGGGGCGUCGAGGUGACCCCUCACUCCCGGCCGUACAUGGCUUCCCUGAGAUUCGAGGGCCAGCACCACUGUGGGGGCUUUCUGCUCCACCCCCGCUGGGUGGUCUCUGCUGCCCACUGCCUCAGCAACAGAGACCCCCGGACAGGCCUAGUGGUGCUGGGAGCCCACAGCCUGCAGGCGCGGGAGCCCACUCAGCAGGUGUUCGGCAUCGCGGCUGCCAUCGGGCACCCCGACUUCCAGCCCAGCAUGCACACCAGCGACAUCUGUCUGCUGCAGCUCAAUGGCUCUGCCACCCUGGGCCCAGCGGUGGGGCUGCUGAGGCUGCCGCGUAGGGGCGCCAGGCCACCCCGGGUCGCGACGCCAUGCCGGGUGGCCGGCUGGGGCGCCGUGUCUGACUUCGAGGAGCCACCGCCUGGGCUGAUGGAAGCCAAGGUCCAAGUUCUGGGCCUGGACGUCUGCAACAGUUCCUGGAGCGGCCAGCUGCGCCCUGCCAUGCUCUGCACCCGCAGUGGGGACAGCCGGCGGCGCGGCUUCUGCUCGGCAGACUCCGGGGGACCACUGGUGUGCAGGAACCGGGCCCACGGCCUCGUCUCCUUCUCUGGCCUCUGGUGCGGUGACCCCAAGACCCCUGAUGUAUACACACAAGUGUCGGUCUUCGUGGCCUGGAUAUGGGAAACAGUUCGAAGAGGCAUUCGGCCACCCCCCGGCCCCUCACCCCGGACCACGGGGGUCCCUGCAGGAGGGCCCUGACCCCCCGCCCCACCGGGUGUGCAGGUGAGAUGACCAGCGGCCCCAGCCCAGAACAUUCGGCGGCUGGGGCUGGGGUCUGUGAGCCCCCGAGUCCUGGGAAGCCUGAGGUAUGGGGCAUGUUUUCCAAACAAAAUUACCGAAAU